AUGCGCCCGUCGCUCCUUCAUCGCAUCCCGCACCCUUUCUCUAUUCUUCCUAGCCAUCCAUCCCUUGACGACGUUUCGUCGCGCCCUGCCCUUCGCGAGUUCCUCUGCUCCAUCCUAGCAGAUGCCCAUAACUUCCUGGUCUCCAUUCCCGACACAUUCCACGAGAACCGAGAACAGUGUCCAUCACCCCCGGCCUCCGCAGCAGUUCAGCUUUCGAGCCGCACCGUCCAAUAUUCCCAACCAGACGGCACCUCCAAAAAGGAGAUUUGGUACUGUCGAAAAAGCAUCCAUGCCGAUGCGUCGGUCGACGGAUCGGCGACAUGGGAGGAAUUCCAGGACGGGCUCAAAUCGAACCAUGCGGAGAACGAGAUGGCCUACACCCCGAGUGUGACGGCGGUGGACAGACUGCUGGAGUGGCCACCGGAGAGAGAGAUUGAGGGUGGCUGGACGGAAGUGGACGUUCAAGGCAAGUCAACUCUGUAG